AUGAAGGAAAGAGAUUGGAUUAAGGUUCGACGUAAGAAACCAGUGGAUCGUUCGAAUAGAUUCUCGGUGUGGUCGGAGAAAAGAGGGAAAGGAUUGGAGGCAGAAAAAGAAUUUCCAUCUUUCUUUUUCACAGAGUUUCCUGAGUCUCACAAUGUUAAUGAUAUGGUCAUAGUAUUCAAAGAUUUUGGGAUUGUCAAAGAAGUGUUCAUACCAUCAUGGAGGGAUAAGCGAGGAAGAAGGUAUGGAUUUGUGAGGUUCAGGAAAGUUAAGAACGUUAGACUUAUGGCAACAAAGCUUGAUAGCAUCCAAAUUGCUGGGACAAAGUUACAUCUAAACGUGCCUAGGUUCCAACGUGAUAAUGGAGCGAUGAAAAGGGGUAAUAUUGAAGUAGAAAAGGCUGGGCAUAGAAAAACUGAUACUUUAUUGAAAUCGUGUAUAAACAAAGGGAGAACAAUUGCUCAGUCGAGGGGAAGAUCUUACGCACAGGUCGUGGGGAGUUCACAAGGGAUCUGA